UAAUAAUACAACUAUAAUCUUUGCGUAGAUUUUCUUCUUCACAAGCAAAAGAUUCACAAAAUAUUUGUAGAUUUUUCUCUCUUUUCAAUACAAGAGAAAUUAUAUCUUUGUAAGAAAAUAAAUGACUUCCAAACGUUUUGCAGCUUGCAAACAAUUAAGAAGAAAAUGUCAUUCGGAUUGCAUAUUUUUACCAUAUUUUCCUCCAAAUAAUCCUCAAAGAUUUUCUUAUGUUCAUAGAAUCUAUGGUGCUAGCAGUGUUGGAAAGAUGCUCCAGCAAGUUGAAGAGCAUCAACGAGGAGAUGUAGCCGACUCAUUGUAUUAUGAAGCAUAUUGGAGGAUAAAGGAUCCAGUUUAUGGCUGUGUUGGAAUCAUUACUGCUUUACAUGAAGAAAUUUAUCAUGUACAAUUCCAAUUGGCUAAAGUACAAGCUCAAAUUGACCUACUCUAUCAAAAUGGAGUUUAUACUUUUGAUUCUUAA